CCUGCAUAUAUAAAUAUAAAGAGAGAAAGAGAGAGAGGCUUAUCAGUUGUGGCUACUACAAGGAGGUUGCCAUCAGAUUCUGGAGCCUUCGCAGACUGGUCAGCCCCUUCUUCCUCCGCCAGAGUUGCUGCUCCCGUCGACGACCUCUCUCUCGGUUUCAAUGCGGGACCCCCUACCACCGCCGGACCCACCGCCGCCGCACCUCAAGGAAUGUGGCCUUCCAGGUCCCUCAACUACGGCCUCGCACCUCCCGACAUGCCUCCGGGAAUGGUUGGACUCCGCGACGUCUUCGUCGUCGCUCCGGCCUCCUCCUUCCACCACCACCACCACCACCACAACGAUGCCGUCUUGUCCUCCUCCGAUCUUCACCAUCUCAGCAACAAUUCCUCCAACAAUCCCGCAACUGCACUCGGCGUUGGAGUUGGAGUCGGUGUCAUCCCUCUCCUCACUGCAACGCCGUGUCUCGAUCAGGACAAUAUUCUCACCGGAAGAGCCAGAACCGCCGCCUCCGGAGGUACUACCGGAGGCGGAAUUCAAUUCUGGCAGGAACAACAACCGCAUCAUCAUCAGUACCUGAAGAAGCAGGGUUUUAUAGACCACAAUAUCGGAGCCAAUUUGGUUCCCGGUGGAGGCAGCGGAAGCGGCAGCGGCGAUGGCGGUGCUUCCAACAGCGGCGGUGGAACAACCACGUGUCAAGAUUGCGGGAACCAAGCGAAGAAGGAUUGUGCACAUAGGAGGUGCAGAACUUGCUGCAAGAGUAGGGGUUUUGAUUGCCCUACUCACGUGAAGAGCACGUGGGUUCCAGCUGCGCGCCGGAGGGAGCGCCAGCUCAUCACUGGCACGACUCCGUCGACGGCCGCUGCGGUUGCCGGUUCCAGCGGUUCAACUUCCGGCGCCAAGAAACCUCGGUUGAUUUCUUCACAGACAACAACAAAUUCUCACACUUCAACUUCCAACACCACUCCUCCUAGAAGCUUCGACACUUAUUCUAGCCAUCAAGAUGCGAGUUUCAAGGAGAAAUUGCCUGGUCAAAUAAGAGCACCAGCAGUGUUCAAGUGUGUGAGAGUCACGUCAGUGGACGAUGAACAAGAUGAGUAUGCAUAUCAAGCCGUUGUGAAGAUCGGUGGCCGUGUCUUCAAAGGCUUUCUCUAUGAUCAAGGCCAUCAGAAUCAUAGUAAUAGAGAUAGCAAUAAUAGUAACAAUAAUGUGUAUCCUAAUCUUUCUGAGCUCCAUUUAGGUGGUGGCGGCGGCGGUGGCAGCGGCGGUGGUGGUAGAAAUGGGGUUUCAUCAUCCUCCCCAAUGCUUGAUCCUUCUGAUGUUUAUGCAGCUUCAGGUGGUGGUGGUGGUGGUGGUGUUGGGGGGUUACUGGGAGGUUCAACCUAUGGUAAUCCAAUAAAUUGAUUAUAUAUAUUAUGAACUUUGUUGUGUCUUUCUUUUUUGUUUUCAUUUCUAAGUGCAAAAUAUUAGUAUAUGGCACUUAAAAAAAAGGGCUUAAUUUAACUUUAUUUUAUUGUAGUCUCUAAUUCAAUUCUCUUUCUUCUUUUUGCUUAUUAGAUAUUAUUCUCAAGAAAGAGUUUGGGGAUUGGGUGGUAUUAUUAUUAGUCUGAUCUAUUGAUUUUUCUUUCUUUCUUUGUAGGCUUUGUAUUUUUUUUAAUCUCCCUUUUUUCUUUCCACCUAUGUCACUCUUUCUUGCAUCAUCAUCUUCUUCCACUUUUAGUUAUUUUGGUUUCUAUUCUUUCUCUCUUCACCCUUUUAAUUUGUCAUUUCAUGAGAUGAUCUAUGUCUUAAAAGAUAUAUGGUUGAUGUACCAAAUUAACCUGAAAGUAGGAACCAAAAAAAA